UCCUCUCCUGGGGCUCCCCUAAAGCAGGAGAGUGAGCUUCCGCCCCCGCCAUCCCAGGCCCCUUGUGGUUUGGGCCGGCCGUCCCGGUCCUCGGCCCUGUGUCCCGCCGCGGGUGGGGUGACCGUCCGGCCCACAACACCUCCGCGGCCUCCGCUGCCGGCACCAUGGGCAGCGAGCAGAGCUCCGAGGCUGAGAGCCGAGCCAACGAUCUGAGCUCCUCAGUGACUCCUUCUCCAGCGAAGCACAGAGCCAAGAUGGAUGAUAUUGUGGUCGUGGCCCAGGGUGCACAGGCCUCCCGGAAUGUCAGCAAUGACCCCGACGUCAUCAAGCUGCAGGAGAUUCCAACUUUCCAGCCCCUUUUGAAAGGACUCUUGAGUGGCCAGACAUCCCCGACAAAUGCCAGACUGGAGAAACUGGAUUCUCAGCAGGUGCUGCAGCUCUGCCUCCGAUACCAGGACCACCUGCACCAGUGUGCUGAGGCCGUUGCUUUUGAUCAGAAUGCUUUGGUUAAACGAAUCAAAGAGGUAACAACAGACUGUGGGAAAGUAACAAGCCUUGCUGACUCGUUACUGAGUCCUGGAAGGGCUGACUCGUCUUUACUGGGUAGGAAAGCUGGGGGGCCCAGCUUCGUGGGAAGUAGUCAUUUUUCACCUAAAGCCCCAUGUUUUUCCCCAUUGCUUUGGGUGAGAUUGUCUUUUCUCAUGGUAGAAUGUGCUGGUGAAGAGCAGUCUAUGAGUUAGAAUAACCUAGAGUGUGAUUCCUGGUUCAACUGAUUUGGUUGGGCAAGUUGCUUAAUGUCUCUGUUCCCUCAUGAAAAACGGACUGGGAGCAUGGCUCAAGUGGUAGAGCACAUGCCUAGCAAGUGGGAGGCCCUGAGUUCAAAUCCCAGCAUUGCCCAAAAAAAAAAAGUAUAGACCUCAUGAGAAAUGGGGUGCUCUACCCCAAGAGCUGAGUGACAGUGAAACUGUUCAGUGUCAGCCCUUAUUAAUGUGUGUAAAGCCUUGCCAUACUAAUUUGCUGUAGCUGACAUUUUAUCUUUGAAUUGACUUUAACUGUUUCCUGUAUAUAAUUUACAUUUUCUUUCCCAGUAGGUUAUCAUUUCUUUGAAAGUAGGGGUCUUGAUGUCUUCCUCAGUUAUGUUUUCCACUGUGCGAGUACACGACACUUGGUCAUUGUUCGGCUGUGUGGAAGUGAUUAUGCCUACUUAGGCCACAGGCUUUUAUGAGGAAACACAUAGUAUCAUUCAUGAAAAUCCAUAGAACAUGAUAUAAAUAUUGUGUAAUUACCAGUAACAGUAAUUCAGUUGGUUCUUCUUUCAAGCACUGAAAUGUAUCAUUGGCCAGACCACUGCCUGGCACAGUCUGUGAGCACCAAGGAAUGGGUAACUGUAUCUCCCCAAAUUUUCAGUCAAGAAGAGAUUUAUAUUCCUGACACCUUGAAGUAGUGUUAUAAAAGAAAGUUCAGGUACUCUGUCUUGGAGAAAACACUUAUGUGAAAGGCACUCUUUGGAUUGGUUCCAACAAAUGACCUGGGGUCAUUAACUCUGGUGAGAGAAGAAGGCAGACAUGAACUUGGCCCUGAGUCAGGAAAGUUUAGUCGUCUGAUCUCACGUUUUUGUAUGUAGCUUUUGUACUUUUUUUUUAGUUUGAUGAAGAUCUUCAUCUCUGAGUCUAAUAAAAUUUAUAAUCACACACAAAAAAAAGAAGGCAGACAUGAAGAAACAAACACAUUACAAGCUGACAGUCACUGCAGAUUACUUUUCAGUUAGUAAUAGAGGUAGUGCAUCCUCAAGAUUAUGAAGUAGCUAUGAUGAUGUCAACAGAUUUAAAUUGGCCAACACCUCCAGCAUUGUAGUACUUUAUAAAAUACACAAUUAUAUGAACUAUUCUUUCAUGGAUUGAGUGCUGUGUUAUCUGGCCUUUUAUCACUGUGGCAAA